AUGCUCAGAGGCUGGGAGCUACUGCUUCUCCUUCUCCUUGUUGCUGCCGUCGGCCGCAAUGCGGCAAGCGGAAGCGGGAGUGGACGCAUCGGAAGGAAUCGUCCAGUCGACGGACCGCCACUAAUCGACCUAAACAUGCCUUACGACCCUCAAGAAGCAGACACCGCUGUUCAGGAUAAUGCCGAAGCACAAAUGCUUCAGCAGCAGAUGAUGCAGCAGCAGAUAAAAAAGGAAGCUUCUAAUCAGCAGUCACGAUGGGGAACAAUAUGCAAGCUCAACCCCAUCCACUUCAAGGGCAAGAACGAAGUCAUCACUACAGGUCACAUCCAGGCCAUGAUCACUUUGCACAAUCUCAAGAUGUUCUGA